GCUGCUCCUGCUAAUCGCCGGGCUGCGCGCGCGAAGUUGUGGGCAAAGUACUGGAACUGGUCUCGCUGUCGCGGCGCCGCAGAACCGGCCCGGACCAGAGACCCGGGCGCCAGGCAGACAGCGCGGCGCGAGCGCCAGCCCCUCCGUCCGUCCGCGAGCGGCGCCCGCGCCGCCUGCAUUUCCUUGGGGUAAUCAAAAAUGUUUUUAAAUAUACUGGAGAAGAGCUGAACUCCCAGCCUCCGUAUUUUCUGCUCCCCUGGCUUCGGAUGGCAUCCUGACUGCAUCAAGGCCCAGGGACCAGCUGUUCAUGAUGAGUGAUGAGAAGAACCUCGGCGUAUCCCAAAAAUUGGUCUCACCUUCAAGGAGCACAAGUAGCUGUUCCUCCAAGCAGGGAAGUCGACAGGACAGCUGGGAAGUGGUGGAAGGACUGAGGGGGGACAUGAAUUACACCCAGGAGCCUCCUGUUCAGAAAGGAUUUUUACUGAAAAAGCGGAAAUGGCCCUUAAAAGGCUGGCACAAGAGAUUCUUCUACUUGGACAAAGGAAUCUUGAAAUAUGCCAAGAGCCAAACCGAUAUCGAGAGAGAGAAGCUGCACGGCUGCAUUGAUGUGGGGCUGUCAGUGAUGUCCGUAAAGAAGUCGUGUAAGUGCAUCGACCUUGACACCGAGGAGCACAUCUACCAUCUGAAGGCGAAGUCAGAAGAAGUCUUUGAUGAGUGGGUAGCCAGACUCCGUCACCACAGAAUGUAUCGUCAGAAUGAAAUCGCCAUGUUUCCACGGGAAGUGAAUCACUUUUAUCCAGGGCCCACCAUCACAGAUUCUGCGCCUGGGACAUUUGACUCCAUUUCCAGUAGGAAGCGUAGCAGUAUAUCAAAGCAGAAUUCGUUUCAAACUGGAAGCAAUUUAUCAUUUUCUUAUGGUGGUGAGGCGCGAGUUCCAUUAUGGCUACAGUCUUCAGAGGACAUGGAAAAAUGCUCAAAAGACCUGGCACACUGCCAUGCCUAUCUGGUGGAGAUGAGCCAGCUCCUGCAAAAUAUGGACGUCCUGCAUCGGACGUACUCGGCGCCUGCCAUCAAUGCCAUACAGGGUGGCGCUUUUGAAAGUCCCAAAAAGGAAAAAAGAUCGCACAGGAGGUGGCGGUCCAGAGCUAUUGGCAAAGAUACUAAAGGAACGCUCCAGGUCCCUAAACCUUUCUCUGGCCCUGUGAGACUACAUUCCUCCAAUCCUAACUUGUCAACACUAGAUUUUGGAGAAGAGAAAAAUUAUUCUGAUGGCUCUGAAACCUCAUCAGAAUUUUCUAAAAUGCAAGAAGACCUAUGUCAUAUUGCCCAUAAAGUUUACUUCGCUUUAAGGUCGGCUUUUAAUACCAUAUCGACAGAGAGAGAGAGACUGAAGCAGCUGAUGGAACAGGAUGCCUCCUCCUCCCCUUCUGCUCAGGCCAUUGGUCUGAAGCACGCUCUGUCGUCCGCCAUAGCGCAAAACACAGACCUUAAAGAACGCUUACGCAGAAUCCAUGCCGAGUCUCUGCUCCUCGACCCGCCUGCUGUUGCCAAGUUGGGUGACAAUCUAGCAGAGGAAAACUCCAGAGAUGAAAACCGAGCUCUGGUCCAUCAGCUUUCCAAUGAAAGCAGGCUCUCCAUCACUGACUCCCUUUCGGAGUUUUUUGAUGCACAGGAAGUUCUGUUGUCUCCAAGCUCUUCAGAAAAUGAGAUUUCUGAUGAUGAUUCAUACGUCAGUGACAUAAGUGAUAACCUUUCCUUAGACAACCUUAGUAAUGAUUUAGAUAAUGAAAGACAGACCUUGGGGCCUGUCCUCGAACAUGGUGAGGGAGUGAGGUCCCAGAGAAGGACGUGCCUGCCCGCUCCGGGUCCCAACACCAGCAACAUCAGCCUGUGGAACAUCCUGCGCAACAACAUCGGGAAGGACCUGUCCAAGGUGGCCAUGCCUGUGGAGCUGAACGAGCCCCUGAACACCUUGCAGAGGCUCUGUGAGGAGCUGGAAUACAGCGAGCUGCUGGACAAGGCGGCACGGAUCCCUAGCCCGCUGGAAAGGAUGGUGUAUGUGGCAGCCUUUGCCAUAUCCGCAUAUGCGUCCAGCUACUACAGAGCUGGGAGCAAGCCGUUUAAUCCAGUCCUUGGAGAAACCUACGAGUGUGUUCGAGAGGACAAGGGCUUCCAGUUUUUUGCGGAACAGGUCAGCCACCAUCCACCUAUCUCUGCAUGUCACGCUGAGUCUGGAAAUUUUGUUUUCUGGCAAGAUGUGAGGUGGAAAAACAAAUUUUGGGGCAAAUCCAUGGAAAUUGUUCCAAUCGGCACAACCCACGUGACUCUCCCGGCCUUUGGAGAUCAUUUUGAGUGGAACAAGGUGACCUCUUGCAUCCACAACAUCCUGAGUGGGCAGAGGUGGAUUGAGCACUAUGGCGAGAUUGUCAUCAACAACCUGAACAACGAUUCCUGCCACUGCAAAGUGAACUUCAUAAAGGCAAAGUACUGGAGCACCAAUGCCCACGAGAUCGAAGGCACAGUGUUCGACCGCAGCGGACAGGCGGUGUACCGGCUGUUUGGGAAGUGGCACGAGAGCAUCUACUGCAGCGGCGGCGCCUCCUCGUCCACGUGCAUCUGGAGAGCAAAUCCCAUGCCAAAAGGCUACGAGCAAUAUUAUGGCUUCACACAGUUUGCAUUAGAGUUAAAUGAAAUGGACCCAUUGUCAAAGUCUUUAUUACCACCUACUGACACUCGAUUUAGACCAGACCAAAGGUUUCUGGAAGAAGGGAACAUAGAGGAAGCUGAGGCACAGAAGCAGAGGAUUGAGCAGCAGCAGAGAGAAAGGCGGCGGGUCUUAGAAGAAAAUAACAUGGAGCACCAGCCGCGGUUUUUCAGGAAAUCCAGUGAUGACUCUUGGGUGAGCAACAGCACCUACUUGGAACUUAGAAAAGAUUUUGGUUUUUCCAAAUUGGAACAUCCUGUCUUGUGGUGAAAAGCAAAGAAGGGUACUGUCGUGUACUUCUCCCAUGUUUGCUUCUGGAAGCAGCACAACUGUGUCUGUAUAUGUAAAAGAUAUUACCCAGAGUAAUCACUUGUGCUUAGCUUAACGUUGUAAGUAUUGAAGUAUAUAUUUUCUUCGGUGGGUUUCUUUGCAAUUUCAAAUGUUAUCAUGACUGUUUAUAUGAAUGUGGAACACCUUGGUAUUUCUUUUUAUAUAUAAACUGUUUAAUAAAAAUGAAAGAUUGAAUGUUAAUGUGUGGAUUAAAGAAGAAGCUUUAACACUAAUUUCCCAAAGGUUAGGGAAAAUUCAAAUUAAAUUCAUGCCUUAUAAAAUUAUGUUGGAGGAAAAAAAAUCAACCUCUCCCAGGUGCAUUAAGGAAUAAGAACACCCAGAGUUACUCACACACUUGGAAGCUACCAAGUUUAAUUUGGUAGCUGAGACAUCUUUUUGCCUCAGACAGCUCUUGAAUUGCUCAUACAGAACAAUUCUGCUGGUGCUGGAGUCUGAAGAAUAUUUCCAUUUGCAUUUUAGUGAUGAAGGGGAUGGCAGAAGAUAGAAUGUAUGUUUUUAUAUAAGACGGAUGCGGCACCUUCUGGAAGGGGAAGCAUUUGCGCUUGUCUCUCCCUGUAGUUCUGUUGCCUUAUAUGCAAAAUUAUACCCUCUGGUUGUCAUCAACCAGAGAAAUCCCCAUUGAUUUAAUGUCCUAAUGGCAUCCUGAGAGAUGGUAGGAAAUUGUUCCUUACUGAGAGCUAAAUCCUUGACAAACGAAGAAAUUAUUUCCUCCUUCCCACCCCACCCCAUCCCUAGCUUUGUGAACCAUCCUGUUUGGCCACAUGGCUGUGGAAUAUGGAAUGUCCCAGGUUACUAUAGAAUAUACAGUGCAUUCCACACAAUAGUUGGACUUUCUAAAAGUUUAGGAAAAUAACCGAUUGUUUUAACUAACUCAACAUGUUUUUCUUAAAUACUGUUCUGGUAUUUUCUACCUCUUAAUAAGCACCAUAUUUUAGAUCUUGUAUAAAAAGUUUGACCAUCUGCCUUAUAGACAAAUGUGGAGUUGAUAUGCUUCUUUUGUGUUGUCUUCUGAUAAAGCUUUAAAUGUCUUAUCCCUUUCCUACACUUCCUUCGUAUUUAUGUCACUGUGAAUUCUGCAGCAGUCUCAAUAGAUUAUACUACUGAAAGGGGAAACUUUGUAAAGUGUGUUAUUUCAAAUUACAAGAAUAUAAUUCGUGCAGUCGUUGAAAUGUAUUCUCAAAGCAUUUCCAGCUUCUGCCCAGAUUACAUUAAAACCAAAGCCUAAUUGUGAAGCCUUUUACUCAAAAGCCCAUGAAAAUACCGGCUGUGUUGAUGUGGUAAAGAAAUUUCUCUGCAAAACAUUUUUACAUAGUUAAAGAAUUUCAGAGAUGUAGAAUGCUAUGAAUGAAGAGGAAAAUAAAUAACAGAAAAAGGAUGCAUGAUUUUUCAGUGUCACACCAAAUAACCAGCUGGAUAGCAUUGCAUGUUUAAAGUGGAAAGUUAUUUAAAGUGGAAAGUUAAAGUUUUAAAGUGGAUCAGUACCCCUUUAGAGUCUAUAAGUGGCUGGCAUUUUAAAACAACUCAUUAAAUAUUGGAUUCUUUUGUUCCAUUUUAUGGAGAUGUCAAAAUGAACCCAAUGUGGGUAUCAUUUCCAUUUCUAAGCAGUUGAAUGACACCAUCCAGUUCUUUGGUGUGUGCUUUGUUCUUUUCUUUUCGAGCAUUUAUCUGAAUUCAGCUCACAGACAUGAGGAAGCACACUGUAAAUUUAAGGGUACUCAGGGGGAAAACAAAUCUAGUUUUCACAGUGUAAGAAUAAAUGUAGAAAUUUAGUGACAUUGGCUCUUAAAUAGGCCCACUUCAGAACCUGACUCAGAAAGAAAAAGAGAGGAAAAAUAAAACAUACAGCCUGAAGGAAGGUAGCUUUAUCAUGCACUAUUUAGAAAUUCUUUAAUUGUCCUAAUGCUAUUAUUUCUAUUAAUUUUAUGAUUUCUUUUGGAAUCACAAAGAUAACUGGGCCAAAUAUCACUUCUGUGGUCAUCUAACUUGCAUUCAGGGUGGAAAUGAGUACAAUUAGGUACAAAACUAUAUGCAAAUUUUGAAACCACUAGUUGUUAGUACUAGCAUCUUUAUGAAGGGCUUUUCUAAUGCAUCAUGUUAUUUGAAUCUUAAAACUUCCUUGAGGAGGACAUGGCUUUUUUCUUUCAGUUCCUUCGCACAAAAGUUCCUUUCUACCAAACCUAUAUGUCUUGAGCUUUUAUAUUUUUAAAAUAAAGAAAACAGAAACUUGAUACUUUUUGUGAAAAUUAAGGUAGAAUUUAAUUUUCUGGACUCUGAAUCUCUCUAUUCAAUAAUGCCAGUCACCACACCAUUGUAGAAACACGUUUUAACCUCUGUUUUAAUCCUAACUAUUCCAUCCCAAAUCUGUAGUAAAUCACAUAUUCUUGAAAUGGAACCUUGUGCAGGCAUCCAUAGUACACAUCGACUGUUCUCCUGUUGACUGUCCCGAACUACAGAAAAAAAUGUCUCACAUCUCCAGUGUAGCAUAGGAACAAGUGGGUUCCCUCCUCAGACCUAAAACACCCUAAGGUAGGUGUUUCCCUGAGUCACAGAUAAUAAUAAAAGCCUCAGUGCAACUUCCACCUACAGUUCACCUCCUGGAAGUGAGGUGGGUUCUGAUGCUAACUAAACAGAUGGGGCUCACUUUAGGACAAUAGCAUACUUAUCUACCAAGUACCCACAAUGUCCCAGCACCCCUACCACCUCCACACACACACACCUUUAUUUGCUUCCUGAGGGACUCUCCAAAGGAGAAAAAUACACAAACUGAUUUUUUAAAAAAAUGUUUACUUCAUUUGGACUGCUGCUUUUUGCAUAUCCUACUUUUAAUUAUUAAUUCCAAUAAAUCAAAUUCUUGGGCUUUGGGCACUGUCCUCCGUCUGUAUUAUCCAGGUUUUUGAUGAGUAAUCUUAUUUUACUACUAAAGAUGUCAUCCCUGAAAGAAAAACAUGAAAGUGUUUAUUUGGCUGUUGUGCUUUGGUGUAGGUCUACUACAUGUAUUACAUAUUAUAUUAUGGCUUCCAGUGAUUGUAGAAUUUCCUCAGACUUUUCAGUUAUGAGUAGGAGCAAUAAGAAGUUGUUCUUAUUAUCUUAAGAAUAAUAGCUACAGUAUUUUGGCAUAAUUUAUUUGAACGUCUUUAAUUUUGAUAUUAACAUCUAUUUUUGCUAGCGGAUGACAAGCUAUUUUCAUGUUCUUUAUUUUCUUCUGCAUUGUGUGAAUCUGUUACUCCCUGUUAGUCUUUCUGUGUUGGAAAUCUACGUCCCUCCAGUAUCUGAAAAUCAUGACAGUCUGAAAUGCAAAACAUUUUUGCAGACUUCGGUUUUGGUAAUGUAACAAUCAGAAGUGAUUCAUUUAUUUUAUUCAUGAUGAUUUUUAUCUUCUGUUACCCUCAGAGAAUACUUUUAAAAAAAAAAUUUGUAAGUCUUUCAUUUAACACUUUGUAAAAUUAUUUUCUGUCUAAAUUCCAUCAUCCCUCCCAUGGCCCUCCCAUGGCUUCCCAAACACUCCUGUUAAUUUGUUUGACCCCCUUAUGUAGCUAUUGCUAAUUGACUAUGAAUAAAUAACAUGGAAAAAGA